AUGUCAGAUAACCCAGCAGCAACAGAAGUGCAACAGUAUACCCGGCAUACAAUUGGUCGCCGGAAACGCAGAGCUCGCAGAGCAUGCCUAACUUGCAGAUCUCGAAAGGUCCGAUGCGAUGUGAUGCAAAAGUCACCUUGCAGUAACUGUCAAUGGAGCUCGUGCGAGUGUGUAGUGAUAGGACCUCGUCGAUCACCUUGCAAGAAGAACAAAUUAGACAAUAAAGCUUUCAAGCAUCCCAAAAAGGAAGAAGUCCCCGUUGAGGCCACGCGCGAUAUUUUAAGCUAUCCAUACUCUCCAACGUCGUCGGAUAUCGAGGUAAAGGACGAAGAGUCCAGAGUCUUUGAGGGAUCAUACCCUCCUAUAGACUAUAUUCAUUCACCUUUGACACCUAUUUCGCAACUUGAAGACGAGUACUGUUUCGGCUCGCAAUACGCUAGCAGCCGCGCAGGUCAGACUUCCCGUAUUGCUUGGGGUAACCCAAGCGCAACUUCUCUAUCAUCUCCCGCCUCGUCUGAAAUAACAAAAGAACAAGAGUCGGACCCCAUCAUAUGGUAUGCUGGCGAGGGAAUAGAUGACGAUCUAAUAGGCAGUCUGCUGGCACUUCCAUUUGACAAUCUGAGACACAUUUGA